GACUGUCAGUCGAAGGAACAAGAAACAUGGCGGACAUCGAUAAAUGGAUAGAGAUCGCCAAAAAAUGCGAAUAUCUACCAGAAAAUGACCUUAAAAAACUUUGUGAUCUUGUGUGUGAGUUGUUGCUGGAAGAGUCUAACGUUCAGCCUGUUUCAACUCCUGUCACUGUUUGUGGCGACAUCCAUGGACAAUUUUAUGAUCUGGAGGAAUUAUUYAGGACAGGAGGACAAGUUCCAGACACAUCUUAUAUUUUUAUGGGGGACUUCGUUGAUAGAGGGUACUACAGUCUUGAAACGUUCACUAGACUUCUCACAUUAAAAGCAAAAUGAAUGUCAAACAAAGUAUGGUAAUGCCAAUGCAUGGAGAUAUUGCUGUAAAGUCUUUGACUUAUUAACUAUCGCUGCUAUUAUUGAUGGGCAGGUACUCUGUGUCCAUGGAGGCCUCUCGCCUGACAUUAAGACUAUAGACCAGAUACGAACUCUUGAUCGCAAUAUGGAAAUACCUCACAAAGGAGCAUUCUGUGACCUUGUUUGGUCUGAUCCUGAAGAAGUGGACACUUGGGCUAUCAGCCCUAGAGGUGCAGGAUGGCUCUUUGGACCUAACGGCCACUAGUGAGUUUGUUCACAUCAAUAACCUGAAGCUCAUAUGCAGAGCACAUCAACUGGUACAUGAAGGAUACAAGUACAUGUUUGAUGAGAAGUUAGUGACCGUAUGGUCUGCUCCCAACUACUGCUAUCGCUGUGGUAACAUUGCCUCCAUACUAUCCUUUACUGAUGCAGAUACAAGAGAGCCCAAGCUUUUCCAGGCAGUACCUGAUUAUGAGAGGGUUAUACCCCCAAGGACUACUACUCCUUACUUUUUGUAAACUGUUACUUAUAACUAGAGAAUGAAGUGCUCAGAAUAACAGCCCUUUUAGGCAAUGUCUGAACUUAAGGGCAGUACUAGUUAGUCAAGAUUAGAGAAUCCUAAGGACUUCUAUUCAAUGCCUGACGUAAUGGACUAUUCAUUUUUUACUAAGGAAUAGGGRGGAGGGAUUUGAGGUUCAAGUGGCAGGGGGGGGGGGAAUGGGUACACAAAAGAAUGAUUCAUACGGCACCUUUACAAUGAUUAUUAAUAGAAUGGAAAAAAUAGGAGGGGCCAAUUUUAUGCAACAACAGAAGUAAGAUUUCUGGUAUGGGUUAGCAAKAGAACCCCGCUGCCCACUGUUCCCCGCCCCUCCGAUAAAUAAACAAAUGGCCUGCUAAUUCUGUCACAGCUUUUAYUGAUAAGCAUUCAUCUUCAUUGUACAGUAUUUACGGAAUUAUCAAUAUUUAGUUCCCAAAUUGCAAUAUAAAUAUGUGUUAGUUUAUCAGGAGCAAAAUUAUCUAACUGUAGUUUAAUGAAGCAAAAAAAUCUGUUAGAGUAAUUUUCAUAAACCCGUGCAACGCAUAAUGUGUAAUAACGGUUAUUAGCAAGACAUUUAAGUAUUCCGUCAAACUUUAUUGAUUGUGUUUUAUUACUUUGUUGUAUAAAGUCUAAUGAGUAAUAACGCGUACUAGUUUGUAUUAUUAUCUUAUUGACUGAGUGGGAGGGCCGUACGGGAAAAUAUUUGGCUCGAGGUGAUGCCGUACGGACCGAGCGCAGCGAUGUCCCUACAAAUGACCGAGAGCCAAAUAUUUUCCCGUACGGCCCGACCUAACUCRGUCAAUAAGCAUUUUAUCAUAUGACCCUAAAURAAWAAGAUACUUUCAAAGUUGCAAAUUAUGUCAAUACGGUUUCAGGUUUUGAGCAGGGCCGUACGGAUUCGYACGGCYCUGCUCGCUAAAAGCCGUACGGCCCGAGCGCGCGCCGGGGCAGAUACGGGUAAUAUGAUAAUGAUGAUUAUUACGUUUAUAUUUAUUUCACGGGUUUAUGCAAAUCACUCUAACAGCAUGGUUUUCAUUAAGGGUUGAGGAUCUGCUCGGCAGUUCAUGAUCUUUCGUAACAUAUCCAUGUUAAAGGCAURAGCGGAUCCAAGGGUGGUAAGGGGGGUAACUAGUCAUCCCCUCCUUUUGCACAAAUCAUUUACUGAUGACCCUUUGCUCUGAAUCCCCACGGCACUUCCCUCAAUAACAAAUGUACCUUUCCUAAUACACUGAAAACGUUUUAACCGGACAAUCUUUCACUCAGUUUACUUACAUUAACUAUGUUGUGGAUAUUUAAAAACUGCAAUAAAAAGAUGGGGUCACCAUU